AUGUCAUUAUUUCAUAUCAUUCUCUAUCUCUCGCGCUUAUCUCUGGUAGAAAAUGCAGAUGCAGAGUUGAUGUUGGCAAUGGCGCGGCACCAACCCGAAGGUCUGGAUAAACUUCAAGCACAAACCGAAUUCACCAGGACGGAACUUCAGUCGCUUUACAGAGGAUUUAAAAGUGAAUGUCCCAGUGGAUUAGUGGAUGAGGACACGUUUAAGGUGAUUUUCUGCAAGUUCUUUCCACAAGGAGAUGCCUCAAAAUACGCUCAUUUUCUCUUCAAUGCCUUUGAUAUGGACCGAAGCGGCUCUAUACGCUUUGAGGACUUUGUGACUGGAUUGUCUGUACUCCUGCGUGGAUCAGUGGAGGAAAAGCUGCACUGGGCCUUUAAUCUGUACGACAUCAAUAAAGACGGAUUAAUCACCAAAAACGAAAUGUUGGAUAUUGUGAAGUCCAUCUACGACAUGAUGGGUCGCUACACGUACCCCAGUGUGAACGCUGACGCCCCCAACCAGCACGUGGAGAGAUUCUUCCGGAAAAUGGACACGAACAGAGACGGAAUCGUGACCAAGAACGAGUUCAUUGAAACGUGUCAGAAGGAUAAGAACAUCAUGGCCUCCAUGCAGAUGUUUGAGAACAUGAUCUAGACCAGCAGAACCUCCAGCGUGAUGGAACUCUGUGCUGGAACACACAGCAGAACUCGAUCAUUCACGUC